AUGGUCGUGGCGUCUCUAUCCAUCAUUCCGACCAUCCUCUUCGCCUGCAGUCACAGCGAAAGAAAGAAGAGGGAGAAGGAGAUGAAGGAGAUGAAGAAGAGGGAGAAGGAAAUGAAGAAGAUGAAGAAGAAUAAGAAGAAAUCUCGCGCCUACGAAAGUGACUACGGUGCAGGCUCCUGGUGCAGUUGCUGUGAUGGCGGGGGAGACGGAGGUGGUGAUGGUGGUGAUGGUGGUGACGGAGGCGGUGACGGUGGAGGCGGUGACGGUGGCGGCGGUGGCGGUGACGGUGGCGGCGGUGGCGGCGGAGGCUGUGGAGGCGGCGGUGGAGGCGGAGGCUGUGGCGGCGGCGGUGGGGCGAGCUAA